AUGCAGCUGGAGAGAAAAGAGCAACGGUUAGUUGAAUCGGAAUUGGGGGAAAAAGCUAAGGGUGAUGAAACUUUACGAGAGCAAUUUAAGGAAAUGGUACGAAGGUUAAGAGAAGAAAUAACUGAGAAAGAUGCGAGGCAAGAAGUUUUGUGUGAUCAGAACACAGAAAAGGACCCGCUGUUGAAGGAGAUGAUAAAACAAUUGAAAGUGAUGAUACAACAAUUGACAGUGACAGAGAAGCGAGAAGAAGAUCUUAAGACGCAGAUAAGGAAUAUAGGAGAACAGCUGAUAGUGAAAGAGGAUCGAGUUGAGAAUUUACGAACGAACCUGAAAGAUGUUGAGCAACGAUUAACGCAGAAAGAGGCACAAGAAGAAAAUUUACGAUCAGACCUAGAGCAGAUGGAGCAAAGGAUGAAAAAAGAAUUAACACAAAAAGAAACAAGAGAAACUGAGUUGCGUGACCAGCUUAGGGGAAGGGAGGAGCAGGCUGUUGACUGUCAGAGACAUUUGAGCGGGAUGGAACAGCAAUUGUCAGAAAAAGACAACCAAAAGGAAACUUUAUUGAGACAACUUAGAGAGAUGGAACAACGAUCGAGAGAGGUUACAGCGGAGAAUGAGAUGAGAGAAAAUGAGCUUCGUGAACAACUCAGAGAGAGAGAGCAAGAACUGAGGGAGAUGGCACAUCAGUUAACUGCGAAGGAGCAAAAAGAGGAGAACCUACGCAUGCAAAUGGAUGGAAUGGAACAGCAAUUGUCAGAAAAAAACAACCAAAAGGAAACUUUAUUGAGACAACUUAGAGAGAUGGAACAACGAUCGAGAGAGGUUACAGCGGAGAAUGAGAUGAGAGAAAACGAGUUUCGUGAACAACUCAGAGAGAGAGAGCAAGAACUGAGGGAGAUGGCACAUCAGUUAACUGCGAAGGAGCAAAAAGAGGAGAACUUACGCAUGCAAAUGGAUGGAAUGGAACAGCAAUUGUCAGAAAAAAACAACCAAAAGGAAACUUUAUUGAGACAACUUAGAGAGAUGGAACAACGAUCGAGAGAGGUUACAGCGGAGAAUGAGAUGAGAGAAAACGAGUUUCGUGAACAACUCAGAGAGAGAGAGCAAGAACUGAGGAAGAUGGCACAUCAGUUAACUGCGAAGGAGCAACAAGAGGAGAACUUACGCGCGCAAAUAAGGAUGCACUUAAUGGAACAACGGCUGAGAGAAGAAAUGAUAGAAGAAGCUACUAGGCUAGGUGAAGAGCUUAGAGAAAGGGAUCAACAAAUAGAAAACUUUCAGAUGCAGUUACAAGGGCUACGUGAACAACUCAGAGAAAAGGAUCAGCAUUUAGCAAACGUUCGAACGCAGAUGGAAGAGCAAGAACUGCCCAGGAAAGAUUUUCGGCACCAACUUGGAGAAAUUGUAGCAGAAAAUGCAAAUCUACGACAACAGCUUGUUAACCCCGAGAAUCAAACCGGAUCACAGUCCAAUGAUUGGGUAAUUUCCCGGGUUGAUAUUCAGUUGACUGGUAAAAGCCUUGGAGUUGGAGGGUGGGGCGAGGUUUUCGAGGGCAGGUACUGUGGCUGUUCUGUUGCUGUGAAGCGAAUCCAUGAGGCAAUUAAUUCGCCUCACAACCUGAGUUUGUUCCACAGAGAAAUUGAUAUUGCUUCAAGAUGCCGACACCCUUGCUUGCUACAGUUUAUCGGAGCGACUGAUGACGAGGAAAUUCCAUUGUUUGUUACUGAGCUGAUGGAAUCAAAUUUGCGCGAGCUACUGGGACAACGACCUCUUUCGCGCAAGGAAAUCACCGUCAUUUCGCUCGAUGUGGCUCGAGCGUUGAACUACCUCCACCAAAAGAAACCUUUUCCCAUUUUUCACCGUGAUGUUAGUAGCGGCAAUGUGCUGCUAUGGCGACAGGCUAGCCAGUGGCGAGGCAAAGUGUCAGAUUAUGGUUCUGCUAAGUUUGAGGAACGGUUCAUGUCAAUUGGCCCAGGAUGUUUCGCCUACAGUGCGCCUGAAGUGCAGAGACCAGCAAAGCAUACAGCAAAGGUGAGAAAAUAAGCUUACAGAAUUUCCUUGGAGACACUUUUUAAAAACAUGAACCCUUUACAAUUAAGGAUUAAACGGUAUUUGUGUAACUUAGUCUUAAGUCGUGUGGUCGGUCGAUGCAAAACGGCAAAGUUUGCUCAGUCUACAUAAAACGGCAAAGUGUGCUCAGUCUACACAAACGGCAAAGUAUGCUCAGUCUACACAAACGGCAGAGUGUGCUGGGUCUACACAAACGGUAAAGUGUGCUCAGUCUACACAAACGGCAAAGUUUGCUCAGUCUACACAAACGGCAAAGAGCUUGUGAAAACAACAAUCUUAUUUCAUUGUCUUUUCUUUUCCUGCUUUUUAGAUUGAUGUCUACAGUUUCGGUGUUCUCCUCUGUGAAAUGUGCAUUCAGACAUUCCCGGAUUAUCAAAACCGUGAACGUCAAAUCGCUCAGAUGACAGACCAGCUAUUGCAAGACCUCGUCCGCCGAUGUGUGCGGUAUGAUCCCAUUGAAAGACCAGACAUGACAGAGAUUAUCAGUACACUGGAAGAGUUCAAUAAAACGUUGUAAGUUGUCGGGGCAUGUUUUUUUUAAACCAUUAUCAUUGUCAAUUAUCAAGUUUAUGGAUGAAGAGAAAGCAAGACUUAAGAAAAAAACUUCGAAAUUCAACAACAUUUAUUCGCACAUACAGCUGGGUUAAGUAUUUUGUUAGAAAAGUAUAUAAUCAAAUCUCACAGUGUCAACAUCAAAUGAUGUCCUCGACUCUUUGAAUUAUGAAGAGUCCAUUCAUACUCAGUCAGGAGCAGUGUACGUGUUGGCUUUAUAAAGAAAUGCAUAAAUUUUUAUCAUAACCGCAGAACAUUUGAUUGUCACCGAGUAAAAUAAUUUCUCCGUGUGCAUAAAUGUAAGCGAUAACUAUCCAGCUGCAGAGCAGUUAUAUUAGGCUGUGACAUGCAAUCCCAGAGUCUCAAUCUGAAAAACACGACGAGUGAAAACAAAAAAACCUUAGGGGAAAGAACUUAUUCAGGAAUUGUGUGUAAGCAUAUUCAGUUUGGACCCAAGGCAAUACUCUACGUGUCUUUUUGUUGGAUUGAUUUUAAAAUAGUACCAAUAACCAGGUUCAGAAUGGUUCGUCCCAGUCUUGGAUUUGUUCCCUCCCACAUAAUAUCAAGGUAAAAUUUGCUGACAUUUAGUCGUUGAUUUGUAUUUGAGCUAUCUGCAAUUUUUGGUGGUUUGAAAGCUGAUACCGCUACCGCGGAACCCUGUUUUUGUCUAGGUACUUCAGUUCAAUCACAUACGCUCAUCAUCAACUGAUACAGGGUGGUGCAAGUGAAUCAUUAGUUAAGAGUCAUUAGGAGAAUUAAGAGUCAGUAUUCAUGUAUAACAUUGUAAUAUAUCCGUACAUGUUAUGGUAAUUUUAAAAAAAUGGCCAAUAAAUUUUAAUUUGUCCA